UUAAUUAAAGCCAAGAAUUUGAGUCAAUGCACGGAAAAGGAUUUGAUUUCAAUAUUUCCCAAAAAGAGAGCCAAUAAUUAUGUGAAUAUUGCAAACGAUUUAAUGGAAAGCAAUGGUCGCCAACCUUUACAAACAGAUGAUACCAAUUGUAACCACAUUAAGACCGACGACGCGUUCAAAACAGUGGAAAGCAGUUUAAAUAUGAAUGAAUAUUUCAAAACUAAAAUGAAUAAAUUGAAGCUUAAAAUGAAUUCAUCACAAGUGAUGGACGAUAUCAUUGACACUAAAAGCAGUGAUGAAGUGAUUACUGAAGAGACCAGUUGUCUGACUGAAGAUGACAACACAUGUGAUGACAAAACUACUAAUUUAAGUAAUGAAACGAAUAGUAAUUCAAAUAAUUCCGAAACGGACUCUAAUUUGAGUGAAAAUAAUCGCAAGAAAAGGAAGAAAUUGAAACGAAAACUACUCGAACAGAGUUUAGGACAUAAUAUCAAUGCAGACAUUGAAGUGAAUGAUGCGAACGAAUCAAAUAUAUUGAAUAAUAGCGAGUCUAAGAAA